GACAAUUCAACUCAGCACCAGGCUCGUCGGUGAAAUUGAGAAGCAAGGGAAAAAGCUUACCGCACUGAGCUUCUUCCAGUUGGAUGAGACCGAAGUCUUUUUCACCAUUGUUGCUGCGGGCACCUUGGACAUUUGCCAGUGUGUUUGUGUGUUGGUUUUUCGUUGGUACAGUACAUCCGAGAAGAGGAAUUUUGUCGACCAGCAGUCAGACCAGCACUGCUCUUGAAAUUCGCGGACACCGCUCGAACCCUAACCCGGACACAAAAAAGCAUAAAAGGACCAGCCCCUCAUUGCAGCGCCAGGUGCUGGAACCCUGUGACAAUCGCCGUGGGAACAAGCAGACCCUCAGCGCUACCCCCAACCUGUAUAUCCAGCAAAACCCGUCGCUCACACUCAUCGACGUCGAUUCCCUGCGGCUACACAGCCCUCGAAGUUUGUAUAUAGGGCAGCCAUGCAGAAAGCAGCCGGUCCAGCGGAGAACGCACAUAAACCCAGAGUGCAAAAGCCUUUCCAAUUAUCUCACCAAAAAGUCGUUCUGGAUGUUGACUUUGAAAACCGCUUCAUACAUGGCUACGUCGUCCUCACGAUCCUUCCAUACCUUGCCGAACUGAAGCAAAUACGGCUGAAUAGCCGGCAAAUCACCAUCCACAAUGUCUUGGUCAAUGAGCUACCAGGGAAAUACACCUAUGAUGACCCUCUGACACCCGUCGUCCCGCCAUCAACGCUGAAAACUGCACAUCACCACAACGAAUACCGACAGCAAUACAUCUAUGCUUUGCAAGAAGCUGAUGAAGGGGAAUUGCUCAUCGACAUCCCAGAGCCGAUUUUGAAACAGCAGGCUCCCCAAUUCACUCCCUCGAUCAAAUCCCAUGAUGGAAAU